AGUAGUAGGCGGUGAUGGUGCGGCCACCUGGCGGGGAUGAGGCAAGGCAAGGCAUGACGUCAGCCCCUCCCCGACAGUCGGUCCUUUUCGGCGUCCUCAGCAUACGCCGCCACUGUGCUGUUUACUGUGUGAACUUUACCACCAAACAUCCAAGAUGGUGAACUUCACAGUGGACGAGAUCCGGGAGUUGAUGGACAAGAAGAAGAACAUCCGGAACAUGUCCGUCAUUGCCCAUGUGGAUCACGGCAAAUCGACCCUGACCGACUCCCUUGUGUCUAAAGCGGGUAUCAUUGCCUCCUCCCGGGCAGGAGAAACAAGAUUCACUGACACCAGGAAAGAUGAACAAGAACGUUGCAUUACCAUCAAGUCCACUGCUAUUUCCAUGUACUUCAAACUGAGUGAUGAGAACGCUGACCUGAUUACCCAUGCUGACCAGAGGGAAAAGGGCGAGAAUGGUUUCCUUAUCAACCUGAUUGACUCCCCUGGCCACGUUGACUUUUCCUCUGAGGUGACUGCUGCUCUGCGUGUCACUGACGGAGCUCUGGUGGUGGUGGACUGUGUUUCAGGUGUCUGCGUGCAGACUGAGACUGUCCUUCGCCAGGCCAUUGCUGAACGCAUCAAGCCUGUGCUGUUCAUGAACAAGAUGGACCGUGCUCUUCUUGAGCUGCAGCUUGAGCAGGAGGAACUCUACCAAACCUUCCAGCGUAUUGUUGAGAACGUCAACGUGAUCAUUGCCACCUACAACGACGACGCUGGACCCAUGGGUGAGAUGCGUGUGGACCCCAGCAAGGGCUCUGUUGGGUUUGGCUCUGGUCUCCAUGGAUGGGCUUUCUCUGUCAAGGAGUUUGCUGACAUUUAUUCAUCAAUGUUCAAGGUUCCUGCUGGCAAGCUUAUGAACAAGCUGUGGGGAGAAAACUUCUUCAACAAGAAGACCAAGAAGUGGGCAACCACCAAGAGCCCAGACAAUGAGCGUGCCUUCAACACUUACAUUCUUGAUCCUAUUUUCAAGCUCUUUGAUGCUAUCAUGAACUUCAAGAAAGAGGAGACCCAAAAGCUCUUGGACACCCUUAAGAUCAAGCUCACCAGUGAAGACCGUGAUAAGGAAGGAAAGCCUCUGCUCAAGGUUGUAAUGCGCACUUGGCUUCCAGCUGGUGACACCCUCUUCCAUAUGAUCACCAUCCAUCUGCCUUCCCCUGUGACUGCUCAGAAGUACCGUGCCGAGAUGCUGUACGAAGGACCCAGUGACGACGUCUGCUGUGCUGGUAUCAAGAACUGUGAUGCUGAGGCUCCUCUCAUGAUGUACAUUUCCAAGAUGGUGCCUACCUCAGACAAAGGCCGUUUCUAUGCCUUUGGUCGUGUCUUCUCUGGCAAGGUUGGCAGUGGUCAGAAGGUGCGCAUCAUGGGCCCCAACUACAUCCCUGGCAAGAAAGAGGAUCUGUAUGAGAAGUCCAUCCAGAGGUCCAUUCUGAUGAUGGGUCGCUUCGUGGAGGCCAUCGAAGAUGUGCCAGCUGGCAACAUCUGUGGUCUGGUUGGUGUUGAUCAGUACCUGGUGAAGACUGGCACCAUCACCACCUGCAAGGAUGCCCACAACAUGAAGGUGAUGAAGUUCAGCGUGUCACCUGUUGUGCGUGUUGCUGUUGAACCCAAGAACCCAUCUGACCUGCCAAAGCUCGUUGAAGGCCUGAAACGUCUGUCCAAGUCUGAUCCUAUGGUUCAGUGUAUCAUCGAGGAGUCUGGCGAGCACAUCAUUGCAGGUGCUGGUGAACUGCAUCUUGAGAUUUGCCUGAAGGAUCUGGAAGAGGACCACGCCUGUAUCCCCCUGAAGAAGACUGACCCUGUUGUAUCCUACCGUGAGACUGUUGGGGCUGAAUCAACUGAGCUCUGCUUGUCCAAGUCCCCGAAUAAGCACAACCGUCUGUACAUGAAGGCUUGUCCUAUGCCUGAUGGCCUGGCUGAUGACAUUGAGGCUGGCAAAGUUACUCCACGUGAUGAUCCCAAGGCCAGGAAGACCUACCUUUGUGAGAACUUCCAGUUCGAUGCCACUGAUGCCAUGAAGAUCUGGACCUUUGGUCCUGAGUCAACUGGAGCCAAUCUUCUGGUUGAUGUAACUAAAGGAGUGCAGUACCUUAAUGAGAUCAAGGAUUCCUGUGUUGCUGGCUUCCAGUGGGCCACCAAGGAAGGUGUGCUCUGUGAUGAGAACAUGAGAGCUGUUCGCUUCAACCUUCAUGAUGUUACUCUCCAUGCUGAUGCUAUCCAUCGUGGUGGUGGCCAGAUCAUCCCAACCACUCGUCGUGUGUUGUACGCUAGUGUGCUGACUGCACAACCCCGUCUCCAGGAGCCUGUCUACCUCUGUGAGAUCCAGUGCCCUGAGGCUGCAGUGGGAGGCAUCUAUGGUGUGCUCAACAGGCGCCGUGGUGUUGUCUUUGAAGAAAUGCAGGUGGUGGGUACUCCCAUGUUCGUUGUCAAGGCUCAUCUUCCUGUAAACGAAUCCUUUGGUUUCACUGCUGACCUUCGCUCUAACACUGGUGGUCAGGCCUUCCCUCAGUGUGUGUUUGAUCACUGGCAAGAGAUGCCUGGUAACCCCAUGGAAGUUGGUGGCAACAGCAAGCCCUACAAUAUUGUUGUUGACACCAGGAAGAGGAAGGGCUUGAAAGAAGGCUUGCCUGACUUGACCAACUACCUGGAUAAAUUGUAAUCACAUCACAUCAUCACCCAUAUACCAUGGUUAUAUAAUAUUAAGGUUUAUUUACAUUAUAUUAUGGUGAUUACAAUAAAAUGGGAGAUCAUA